AAAAAAAGGGACGCAGAGUUUGCCCUGUCUCACUUAUUUCUCCUGUUUCCAGGCCCCUUACCCACCGUCGUGUUCUUGGUUUUGCUUUCCACUCGUCCAUCACCACGGUGAGGUGAUAGAUGGGGCGGUGGAGACGGGGAACGUUAAAGUUUGUGGGCCGUGGACGGACAGCUCGGCAUGAAUAUCUGCAGUACUGAGUCACAGAGAUAGUAGAGGGACAAGGAUCUUGUCCUGAUCCAAACCUCAUCACUAUGACAGACCUGCAAAAGGUAAACGUGGAGUACCUACUGCUAUGUAUUGCUGUUUUUUAUUGUAAUUGUCAUUUUUGCUUUCUUUUCAUUCUCUCAGUCUACGGCUGCCUGUUGAAUCUCCUUCUCCUGUGGUCUACUGGUAGCCACAUUGGCAGGGGGAAUCACGUUGACCUUGUCCACAGAUUCUGAACACAGAAGCAUCGCUGAUAUGGCAGCUGCACUGUGGCAGGCAACUGAAGCCAACACUACAAUCAGAUCAUCAGACUAAGGAGUGAAGGAAGGAGGGGUCCCAUUGGCAUUCUUUAACAUCUCUGUGGCUCACUUGUGUUCAGAGAGCCAUCUCUAGAUCAGGAAGACAAAAAGACGCUCCUGAGCCUUGGCAUCACUCAACAGGCAGGCAGAUAUGCUUGAGUUGGUGAAGGUUGAAAGAAGGUUUUGCCUCUCUGUCUCUCAACUUUUUCCUGAGGAGAGCAGCAUUGGCGAAGGUCAGGUGUCACUGAUGAAAUGGACUUCUUUUCAGCAUGGAUUGUGUCGUUUUCAGCACUGCACUGCCUCUAUUUCUUCUGGGGCACGCAGGCCCAGCAGGCCUUCAGGACUGAGCCCAGGAACCUCACUGUGCGCAUGGGAGCCACAGCUGUAUUGAGGUGUGAGGUGCUGCGGGCCUCGGGGACUGUACAGUGGGUCAAAGAUGGCCUCCUCUUGGGACCUCACAGAAGCCUGCCAGGCUUUCCACGCUACAGCAUGAUUGGAAACCCCAAGAGAGGGCAGCAUAAUCUUCAGAUUGAAAAGGCCCAACUGGACGACGACACCACCUAUGAAUGUCAAGCAGGCCAGUCUGAGAGCAGUCGAGCAAUUGUUUCCAACACAGCCUGGCUCAACGUCUUAAUUCCUCCAUCCACCCCGUACUUUGAAGGAGACGUGGCGACAACACCUUGGAUUGCUGGGAAAAUGUACACUGUCGCCUGUGUUGCUCCUGAAGCAAAGCCCAUGGCUGAAAUCACACUUUAUAAAGAUGGAGUUGAGCUGACAGGUGCGGAGUCUUUCACCAUGUCUGGCUCAAAGGAUAAGCUCCUGAACACGCAUGCUAAAGUAACAGUCGCCGCUCUGAGUUCCGACAACGGGAGACAGCUGGCGUGUUAUGCCAAAAACCCUGCCCUUUUACGACCUGUGGGGACCGUGUUGACCAUGAGCGUACUCUACCCACCUCACCCUCCAGUUAUUGUGGGCCUGGAGACAGACGAGGUCAAAGCAGGAAGAGUGCUCAUACUGGAGUGUGUGUCUCAUGGUGGAAACCCCCUAGCCACUCUCCACUGGACCAAGAAUGGAGAAGUUCUUUCCAAGACUUGGGAGGAGGACAUUGUGGCGCAGAAGUCCAGCAGUGUCCUCUACCUGAAGAUCACCCCUGCUGAUAACCAGGCAGAACUGUGCUGUGAGAGUGUCAAUCUGGUGUCUCUGUCACCUCUCUCUGUCCACCGCAAAUUCACCGUGCUCUUUGAACCCGAAAAGGUGAUUCUUUCUGGCUCAGUCGAGGCCGUUGAAGGACAAGAGUUGGAUCUGUGCUGCUACGCCUCUUCCAGCAAUCCCCCUGUCCAGAUUCGCUGGUGGCUGGGCUACAAGGAGCUCAACAACACUGUUGUCACUAUACAGAAGGGAGUAAAUGGUGGGAUGACGACCACUGCCAACAUGACCCACCAGGUCUCCAGGGAGGAGGAUGGGCUCAUGCUAACCUGUGAGGCCUUCAACAAAGGCACACAUUUCUCUAAGACCCAGACAGCCAAGCUCAGUGUCUUUUAUCCUCCUCAAAAGGUAUGGCUUGAUGCACCCUCUCAAGAUGUCCCACUCCAUGCUGGGACCAAAGUCCGUCUCACCUGCUUCUCCACUGGAGGGAAUCCUACUGGUACACUGACGUGGUUCAAGGAUGGAAACAAAGUGUCUCAUAUGCAGAGGCAAAUGUCCUUUGAUCGGGGCGUGGCUCGAGACCUCGUCCUGGUCCUCACGGCAAGUGACAACAUGGCGGACUACCGCUGUGAUGCCACAAAUGAAGCAAAGAAGACCAUCUCUGCUUAUACUAAACUGAUGGUCUACUACACAGCAGUGAGUAUGAAGAUCACAACCACACAGGAGGAGCUGCGUCGAGGCGAGAUGCUCACUCUGGAGUGCCAGGCUGGAAGCAGUAACCCCAAGGCCAACAUCCUCUGGAGCCUGGGCACUCAAAGGUUCCCAGGAGUGGAACAGCCACCCGUGAAGGCUCAGUAUGGUGGUGUUUCAGUGCGCAGUUCAUUAUCCCUGAAUCUGACAUCAGAGCAUCACAACCAGAGGGUCAUUUGCCAGGCCAACAGCCCUGUGCUCGCUGAGGGGGCCAACACAUUUCUCAAACUUAAUGUUCUAUACCCUCCAGAGUUCAGCCCUCACCAGCCAACACAGGUCCAGGUGCUGGAGGACGACACCAUAACCAUCCCAUUGCUGGUCUCAGCUAACCCAGAGGAGGUCUCCUGCAAUUGGCUGCACCGCAAACAGAAGCUGGUCAAAGAGGGGAAUCUGCGCUACCACUGGUCAGACGAGCACUCACUGAUGAUCAACAACGUAACGAGAAAAGACGCUGGUGUUUACACCGUUGAGUGUGCAAAUCAUGAGGGUGUCAACCAAAUCUCCAUCAUGCUGGAUGUUCAGUAUGCUCCCGGUGUCAAGGCGGUAAAAAGCCCUGUGUUUGUGAAUAUGGGGGGAACAGCAGACCUGAUGUGUAAGGCUGAUGCCAACCCCAUUAUAUCUGACAUGUUCUCCUGGAAGUGGCUGGGAGAAGAGGAGGAGGUGGAGAUGGGAGAAGAGACUCAGGAAGAUAAAACGGGCCUUCUGACCAUCCAUGAUGUGACUCGGGCUCACGCUGGUUUCUACCAGUGCACAGCCAACAAUGGCAUAGCACCCCCUGCCAGUGUAGAUGUGCAUCUGGUAGUGCAAUUCAAACCAGAGCUUCAGAAAGGACCUCAGUGGAGGAAGGUAGCAAGUCGAGGGGAUGGCACCACUACGGCUGCUGUGGUGUGUCAGGCAGAGGGUAUUCCUCAAAUCGACUUCUCUUGGGAAAAAAAGGGCGUACCCAUGGACUUUGCAAACCCAAGGUAUGAGGAACGGACUGUGAGGGAGGGCUCCUUCCACACCAGCACGGUUCGAGUCGUAAAUGUGAGCGCAGCUCAUGACUAUGCUGUCUUCAGCUGCACUGCUCGCAACUCUCUUGGGGAAGAUAAACUAAACAUCCAGCUCGUCAGCACAAGUCGCCCAGAUCCUCCCUUCUCCUUUCGCCAAGUCAGUGUUACCCAUGACUCGGUCACUCUGGAGUGGAUCCCUGGCUUCAAUGGAGGUUUGCAGCAAAGAUUUCGUACACGAUACCGGUGGGAUCAGUCUUUCAGUUACCUGUACGUGGACGUCUUUCCUCCCACAGCAACAAGCUUCUCUGUCACUGGGCUGCAGCCUGUUACCACCUACUAUUUUUCUGUCAAUUCCCUCAAUGCAAUGGGAGAGAGCGACUAUGCCGACAACAAUGCAGUACUGACCAUCACCACCAAGGAGAGGCCAGAACUAGAGGAAACUUCAGCAGGUGAUGACUCAGUCCCACACGGUACCAGAGGACUUCCAGCUCAUCUAACUGUAGUGUUCACAGUGGUGUUUGGAGUCCUGCUGGUGUUGAAUUCACUUGGUUGUUUCUUUGGACAGAGGUGGAAAAAGAGGAGACUCCAGAAAGGGGGUGGAGGAGGCAGUGUAUUGGAUGGGAAGGAGAAUGAAGAAGAAGGGUCCAGUCAGUCAACUGUAAACACGUCCAAUAAGUAUGAGAGCAGAGAAAAGAUCAACGCUGCAGCCCAGCGCACCCUCCUUGUCGAGUCUGGAUCCGAAGCAGACGGCAAUGUCUACGAGAGCUACGCAGCGGAAGGUUCCCAUUAUUAUUUCCCCACCACUGACUAUGUGCCAGCUCUCAGCCCACACCCUGAGGAAAUGCGCAGACACGAUGCUAGCCACCUGCCAGUGGACUCUCACAGCCAUGUGUAUGAAGACGUAAGACUCGGGGGUCUGUACCAGGACAUCCUGGCUUCGUCUCCGUCCCCUGUGCCCUUGGUUGACCGCACAGUGCCUUAUCAAUGGAACAAUUGGAGAUCACCAACCAACCUUCAGCAGGGUGCUGCGAGAGUCAGGGAGUUUGGCGAUGUUCAACAACCACGGAGAGAUUCCGAUCUUCCCUUUGAACUACGAGGCGAGUUAGUCUAGAAUCUAGAAUGAUUGGGAAGGAAAUGCUAGGUACGAGUCGUUGAUUAUUAAGUUGUAUUCCACAUAUUUACUACUGAUCUUGAAUUAUCAUGUGCAAAGACUAGAACAGGAACUGUCUUAAAUAAAACGGCCUAGGCAAUCGAGGGGGAUCGUUUCAUCACCUUAACAACGUCAUGAAAUCAAGCUCAUUUCCCUCUCAUGCCGUCCUCUCUGGACCAUACUUUGUUGUUUCACCUUUACCCUCUUUCUUGGAGCCAAGUCUUGAUCAUUACUCCCCUCCCUGCUUUGUCUUAUAGUUAGACAUGAACCACUUAAGAGUGAGAAAAUGCACCAACAACAAAUGUUUUCCCAGAUGACAGCAUGACAACAGUGGCCUGUCCUUUCUCCUCAUACCUCACAAGUGAGUCCAUGGAAAUCCCUACAACAGGAUUGCACGGAGUAGUGUUUAGCAUAAUAAUGUCUUAGGGAGGUAAAGCUGUAACUGCAGCAGGAGCUAACUCUAAUCCUGUUUUCUCUCAAAUUGAACGUCAGCUCAGUCAAUCUGUGUGAGAGAGGAAAGCCAUGUUAGUUUUGACUGUCUCUGUUGUUCAAGUAAAGGAGUUCAGCUUUGACUCCACAUCUGUGGAAUGACAAUAGUGAUCAUGUUUGUUUGUUAAAACCAAAGUUGUUUAAUUAAAAGUGCUAUAUGUAAGAAAUAUAUUACAAUGACUAUAAUGUCAUCAGAGAUUGUAA